AUGAACAGGACGGCCAGCCUAUCAGGGGACACCCUGAUCACGUGUCACUUCCCCCUGGUGCAACUCCCCCCCUGGCAGCUUCCUGUGCAGACGGCUCUGUGCAGCAGCUCUUCCAAGAGGCCUGGUCGACUGUGCUCCAGCUCCGUGGGUCUGACGCGCACUGCCUCCCUCCCCGAGCAAGACAACCUCCACAGAGAGCCCUUCCACAACAGCCUCAGACAUAUCUCCUCCAGCUACUGGAGCCUCAAGGAGGACUGGGGCGAGGGGGACGGGGAGGGGGGCAGUGACAGCAGUGGGAAGUGUGACUCUGGAUCAUCAGAGGAGGAGGCAUCACAGAUGACCAUCUCUCAAAGACAUAAAGAAUACCCUGUAGUUAGAGGUACUUUACGUCUACACAACUCCUUUCUCCCUAAUGAAGGGGUGGAUGAAGAUGAGGAGGAUGACGAUAGUGAUGGAGAUAACCUGCACAGAUACCAUGAGGACUCCUCUUUUGUGCUGCAGUUGCAUGGGAACUCUAACUGGGCCCUGAGUAAUGCUGGGAGGCGGACCUCCAAACCUUCUAGCCAAUCAGUCAGUCAGAACCAUGAAAACAGGGGUAAAACUGUGUUGACGGACUAUGGGGAGCAGGAGAGACUGGAGGACGUUGAAGAUAAUGUGCUAAAAUGUGGGUGAUGAGGGCUACUACUUCAGCUAUGGCCAACCAAAAUGUUUCCCUGAGUCUUUCUCUGAUGGUCUUCUGGAGUACGUCACAGACUCCUCCUGCAACAGCUCAGAUGGGGUUCUCGUCAACUUCAGCGCCAUCUACAACAAGAGUAACAACCCUGCCAUCCCAAAUGACCUCAGCAGUCCUGCAGUGCAGUCAUCCCAGCCAGCAGAAGGCUCUGUCUUCCUAAACUUGCAACCUUUCCCCCAGGAGCCCCAGGGUCCUCAGGCUGCUGGCCCCAGUCAGGGGGGCAGAACAAUCUCCUCUUCUCUUGACAGGGGGCAUUCUGUCCCCUGCUGGUCACCACAGGCGAUGGACUCAAACUGUAAUGUCUACUCUCCCGACACCCAGGGCCUCCUGUCUUCUCUGGAGGUCUCUGACCUCACUUCCUGUCUCCAGAGCCAGGCCAGGCUGCUGCCCACAGGGACCACCCAGAAGUACUACAAGCUGGUGACCUGUGACCUGUCAUCUCAGUCAGCCUCACCCAGCCCAGCCUGGUCCAGCACCACCAGCGUCACCUCAGAUGGCCACUACUUCCUCUUCAGUAAGGCCCGAGGAGAGCAGAGCCAGGGGGCAAAACAGGUUGGCAUACCACAAUGACUUACAGCAUGUUUAAAAAGAUGCACACCUUUUGUAUUUCUUCUUCAGGUUUUGUUUAAUUUGUAAGAUGUUGUAUGAUGAGCAGAAUUACUUUCAUAGCAGUUGACAUUCCUGUCAACUAAUCCAAAUUGUAUCUGUUUCUCCAUGGCCAGCAGGAAGAAGGCUUAGACAAAGAAGAGAGGAGAGCUACCCCAUUGCACCGUCCUCGCUGUAUGAGCUGGGACUCCCAGCAUGUCACCUUUGCUGAGAUUGCCUACUGUAAGAGACAUACAGACAGCUGCCAGGGCUCCAGCCACUCCCACACCUCCCAGGAUUUGUGUCCCAUCCAGGAGGCAGUUUCCCUGGGCCAGAGUAGCAUCCACUCCCCCCUACUCCUGAGUCCCAACCAAGGCAGUAUCAAUGUGUCCUACUACCCUUCUGUGUCAACAAACCAUGAGAUGGAGGAGGAGGGUAAGAAAACAAACCAGUUGGUAUUUUUACAUGCGAAAUUACGAUUCAGCUGAUCUACCCUUGUUUUUUCCUUAUCUUUAAAACUUUUCAUCCCCUCUCCCUCCCUCUCUCCCUCCCUCUAUCUCUCUCUCUCUCUCUCUCUCUCAGGGGCAUGUUCAUGGGCCACUCCUAUGGUGCGCUACAGUAAGGCUCAGAGGCCCACCUCCCUGCCCAUCCAGCCCUUCGUCCUGCUUCCCCCGGCAGGUAAACCUCAGAGCCAGCCCCUGAGCUCCCUGCUGGACCAGUACAUCAGCCACAAGAACACCAAGCCUAGCUUCAGCUCCCAGCCAGGGUCCAAGUGCAUAGGCAAAGGCAACAGACUCCUGACCCACCUGCGUCCCUCACCGCUAGGCAGCUAUGGAGCCAUCCUCCUGGAAGGCCCCUCCAGCUCUGAUACCUGCUCCACCUGCACCCCCAGUCCAGAACGCUUCCAGUCCAGACUCAACUGGACACACUCCAGUCCAUACAGGCCCCACACUAGCCUUGGUCUCACUUCGACCAGUCCAAAACAAGCGCAAACAAGCACAAAACAAUCUCAUACCAAACUAACCCAGGCUUAUUCAUGCCAGGACCAGCUCUAUGAAGACCUAGACCAAACCUACCCCAGCCCAGGUCAGGCCAACAGUAGCCCAAACCAGUCUCAUUGUAAAGAUUCAAUCAAACGUAGCCAAGGCAUGGCUCAGAUCUGCCAAGAUCUCAUUCGCCUGUCCCCAGAGCAGAAGAGCCUCAACCCAUUCCUCCUGACCCACAGCCCUCACUGUCCCAUCUCCCAAGUAGCAACCAUGUCACCCUCUGACAGUCACAUCCAUCAUCCAGACCUGCUGGUUUCCUCUCCAGACCCACCCUUACUGCCCCACAAGAGAACCCCACUAUCCUCAGUCCCUAUGGCUGGGUCUGCAGCCUCUCAUCGUAGCCUGACAGCUGCUCUCUCAUCAGUGGCCCCUAUGUCCUCUCUGAGCACCAUUCUGCAGCCUCUGGUGUCUGCAGGGCCCAGUGUGAAGCAGCAUCAACAACAGCACUGUGACUCCUUCAGCCUGAGUGACAGUAGGCCACCUGUGGAGUUCUGCCUGUCACCUGAAGCCUCCUACGAGUCUCUGUCCAUCAGCCACCUGCAGAGGAGAGGUGAGGGCAAGGGAGGGGCUUGAUCUAUGUAUAGGUGAUAGAGCAUGGAUCAAACUGGUCUCAGAGCAUUUUGUAUUAUUCUGUACGUAAAUCCGAGACACUCCAUUUAGUAUGAUAUGUUAGGUUUCGUAUGGUAUGUAUUCAUUUGUGGAUGUCCAUCAACCAUUUCCUAUGAUAUGUUACGAAUUACAAUUCAAUUAUAUGUUACGAAUUUGCAAACGUACAAUAUGUUACGAAUUUGCAAGUCAAAGCCCUGUCUAAGCCGGGGUGGGGGGGGGAGGGGGGGGGUAGGGUUCUACUAAACUAUAUGGAAUUGUUUUAAGAAGGUCAUUCCAUGGUUCAUUUUUCUUUUUUAUUAGGAAUUUUAAGACCCCUUGAAGUAUCAAAGAAAUACACACAAAAAUUAUUUGAUUAACAUUUUUAUUUUGCCUUACUGCUAUUAGCCCAUACAAACACAUUGAAUAACAGAUUCACUACAUGGAACAACAGAUAGUCCAAAAAAAAAAUCUAAAGGAAGUCAUAUCUGAGAGAUCAGGAAGUCUUUUAUUUAUUUAUUUAACCCCUUACUUUUUUCACUUAAGUCUCCAUAUAUACAUUACUUCCAUACAUUUUUUUAACUGGUACCGGGGUACAUUUAGACGAGUUUUGUGAAGCCUGUGGGUGUCCUAGAGCAAAACAACCGACAUGUACAGUACUACUCAAAAGUUUGGACACACCUACUCAUUCAAGGGUUUUUCUUUAUUUUAACUAUUUUCUACAUUGUAGAAUAAUAGUGAAGACAUCAAAAUUAUGAAAUAACACAUAUGGAAUCAUGUAGUAACCAAAAAAGUGUUAAACAAAUCAAAAUAUAUUUUAUUUUUGAGAUUCAAAGUAGCCACCCUUUGCCUUGAUGACAGCUUUGCACACUAUUGGCAUUCUCUCAACCAGAUACAUGAGGUAGUCACCUGGAAUGCAUUUAAAUUAACAGGUGUGCCUUGUUGAAAGUUAAUUUGUGGAAUUUCUUUCCUUCUUAAUGCGUUUGAGCCAAUCAGGUGUGUUGUGACAAGGUAGGGUUGGUAUACAGAAGAUAGCCCUAUUUGGUAAAAUACCAAGUCCACAUUAUGGCAAGAACAUCUCAAAUAAGCAAAGAGAAAUGAUAGUCCAUCAUUACUUUAAGACAUGAAGGUCAGUCAAUCCGGAAAGUGCAGUUGCAAAAACCAUCAAGCGCUAUGAUGAAACUGGCUCUCAUGAGGACCGCCACAGGAAAGGAAGACCCAGAGUUACCUCUGCUGCAGAGGAUAAGUUCAUUAGAGUUACCAGACUCAGAAAUUGCAGCUCAAAUAAGUGCUUCACAGACUUCAAGUAACAGGCACAUCUCAACAUCAACUGUUCAACUGUGUGAAUCAGGCCUUUAUGGUCGAAUUGCUGCAAAGAAACCACUACUAAAGGACACCAAUAAUAAGAAGAGACUUGCUUGGGCCAAGAAACACGAGCAAUGGACAUUAGACCGGUGGAAAUCUGUCCUUUGGUCUGAUGAGUCCAAAUUUGAGAUUUUUGGUUCCAACCGCUGUGUCUUUGUGAGACGCAGUGUAGGUCAACGGAGGAUCUCCGCAUGUGUAGUUCCCACCGUGAAGCAUGGAAGAGGAGGUGUGAUGGUGUGGGGGUGCUUUGCUGGUGACACUGUGAUUUAUUUAGAAUUCAAGGCACACUUAACCAGCAUGGCUAUCACAGCAUUCUGCAGCGAUACGCCAUCCCAUCUGGUUUGGGCUUAGUGGGACAAUCAUUCGUUUUUCAACAGGACAAUGGCCCAACACACCUCCAGGCUGUGUAAGGGCUAUUUGACCAAGAAGGAGAGUGAUGGAGUGCUGCAUCAGAUGACCUGGCCUCAACCCAAUUGAGAUGGUUUGGGAUGAGUUGGACCGCAGAGUGAAGGAAAAUCAUCCAACAAGUGCUCAGCAUAUGUGGGAACUCCUUCAAGACUGUUGGAAAAGCAUUCCAGGUGAAGCUGGUUGAGAGAAUGCCAAUAGUGUGCAAAGCUGUCAUCAAGGCAAAGGGUGGCUACUUUGAAUCUCAAAAAUAAAAUAUAUUUUGAUUUAUUUAACACUUUUUUGGUUACUACACGAUUCCAUUUGUGUUAUUUCAUAGUUUUGAUGUCUUCACUAUUAUUCUACAAUGUAAAAAAUAGUAAAAAUAAAGAAAAACCCUUGAAUGAGUAGGUGUGUCCAAACUUUUGACUGGUACUGUACGUGUUCGGGAGAGUCUCACCUUUACAGAGGGGUCAUAGUUAGUGUGAAACCCAAACUGUACGGACGCUACAGACAGUACAGUAUCGGCUGUACCGACUUCAGACGAGUCCCAAGAAGCUUGUGGGGGUCGUAGAGCAAAACUGAGUUAAGUUAAUGGGGUUAAGGGUGCUUUGAGCUGAGGGCAUAUAAUGUGGAUUGUAUGAUGUGAUGUUGACUGUGUGUGAUGUCAGCGUAUAAUCAGAGGAUGUGUGUGGUAGGUAGACAGUGUCAGUAAUCUAGUGUUAUCUCAAGAUGGAGAGUAAUUAGACUGUUACUGAACAGUUAUUAUGGGAAACUGGAAUCCUACACUGUCUGUUAUUCUGUGCUGCUGCUGGGUUCUAAAGAGAGCAGCAGCAGAGCUUGCUGUAGCAGUGCCUUCAAUACCCUGAAGGGGGUUUCUUUAAAACAUGACCUAUUUUUCUCUCCCUGCAUUGGAUUGGCUGAACCAUUUAGUGUGUUUGUGUAUGUGUAUGUGAUUGUGCAAGCUCCAGUGAGUGUUUGUUGCAGUGGGUGCAGUGUUGUUGAUACGCUGGAUAUAUGAUUCACAGAUUUAUGUUAUUUUAGUGUCACAAUACAGACACACAUGAUUAUCACCAAACAAUGUAAAUGUCAAUCACAUGCUUGUAUGCACAUUGUCUUGUGAAAGCGAUGCUUGGACAGUGAUGUACUGUCCGUUUGGCAGGGGAGAGCAUUGUAGGCAGAUUCAAUAUGCAUAAAGAACCCUGACAUUUUAGAGCGAGCCAGAGCAAGAUGGAGAGAGGAAGGGAGGAAGGGUGGAAGGGAGAUGAAUCAUGGAUGUUCCCAUGUGGUUCUGUAUAUACACCCUUUUUAUUCAGUGUCUGAUGUUUCUGUUUAAUUAAUAUAAUCUGUUUUAUGUCAGUCCCUCAGGCAUUUUGAUAACCCCCCUGCAUGGCACAGAAUAUGAAAUGAGCUAACUCCUGAUGUGCUUCUUUCCAUGUUUCUCCAGGUUUGCUGAAAUCUGUGAGCUUGGCAGUGGAUUUGAUCAUGGCUCAUUUUGGCACCAGUCGAGAUCCAGGGGAAAAGGUCGAGUCCAGCAGAGCUAAAAGCAAUCUGAAGGGAACUAGAAUAACCAAUUCACAAAAACAGACAGUAUCCCUGAAUAGGAUGAAUCAACUCCCAUAAAUAUACAGUACCAGUCAAAAGUUUGGACACACCUACCCAUUCAAGGGUUUUUCUUUAUUUUUACUAUUUUCUACAUUGUAGAAUAAUAGUGAAGACAUCAAAACUAUGAAAUAACACAUAUGGAAUCAUGUAGUAACCAAAAGAGUGUUAAACAAAUCAAAAUAUAAUUUAUAUUUGAGAUUCUUCAAAGUAGCCACCCUUUGCCUUGAUGACAGCUUUGCACACUCUUGGUAUUCUCUCAACGAGCUUCAUGAGGUAGUCACCUGGAAUGCAUUUAAAUUAACAGGUGUGCCUUGUUGAAAGUUAAUUUGUGGAAUUUCUUUCCUUCUUAAUGCAUUUGAGCCAAUCAGUUGGGUUGUGACAAGGUAGGGGUGGUAUACAGAAGAUAGCCCUAUUUGGUAAAAGACCAAGUCCAUAUUAUGGCAAGAACAGCUCAAAUAAGCAAAGAGAAACAACAGUCCAUCAUUACUUUAAGACAUGAAGGUCAGUCAAUCUGGAAAAUGUAAAGAAUUUUGAACGUUUCUUAAAGUGCAGUCGCAAAAACCAUCAAGCGCUAUAUAAUAUAUAUAUAUAUAAUAAUAUGCCAUUUAGCAGACGCUUUUAUCCAAAGCGACUUACAGUCAUGCGUGCAUACAUUAUUUUUAUUUUUUUAUUUAACUUUUUUGUGUAUGGGUGGUCCCAGGGGAUCGAACCCACUACCUUGGCGUUACAAGCGCCGUGCUCUACCAGCUGAGCUACAGAGGACCGCUAUGAUGAAACUGGCUCUCAUGAGGACCGCCACAGGAAAGGAAGACCCAGAGUUACCUCUGCUGCAGAGGAUUAGUUCAUUAGAGUUAACUGCACCUCAGAUUGCAGCCCAAAUAAAUGCUUCACCGAGUUCAAGUAACAGACACAUCUCAACAUCAACUGUUCAGAGGAGAAUGUGUGAAUCAGGCCUUCAUGGUCGAAUUGCUGCAAAGAAACCACUACUAAAGGACACCAAUAAGAAGAAGAGACUUGGACAUUAGACCAGUGGAAAUUUGUCCUUUGGUCUGAUGAGUCCAAAUUUGAAAUUUUUGGUUCCAACCGCUGUGUCUUUGUGAGACGCACAGUACGUGAACGGAUGAUCUCCGCAUGUGUGGUUCCCACCGUGAAGCAUGGAGGAGGAGGUGUGAUUGUGUGGGGGAGCUUUGCUGGUGACACUGUCUGUGAUUUAUUUAGAAAUCAAGGCACACUUAACCAGCAUGGCUACCACAGCAUUCUGCAUCCCAUCUGGUUUGCGCUUAGUGGGACUAUCAUUUGUUUUUCAAUGACCCAGAACACACCUCCAGGCUGUGUAAGGGCUAUUUGACCAAGAAGGAGAGUGAUGGAGUGCUGCAUCAGAUGACCUGGCCUCCACAAUCCCCCGACCUCAACCCAAUUGAGAUGGUUUGGGAUGAGUUGGACCGCAGAGUGAAGGAAAAGAAGCCAACAAGUGCUCAAUAUAUGGGGGAACUACUUCAAGACUGUUGGAAAAGCAUUCCUCAUGAAGAUGGUUGCGAGAAUGCCAAGAGUGUGCAAAGCUGUCAUCAAGGUGGCUACUUUGAAGAAUCUCAAAUAUAAAAUAUAUUUUUAUUUGUUUAACACUUUUUUGGUUACUACAUGAUUCCAUGUGUUAUUUCAUAGUUUUGAUGUCUCCACUAUUAUUCUACAAUGUAGUAAAUAGUAAAAAAAUAAAGAAAAACCCUUGAAUGAGUAGGUGUGUCCAAACUUUUGACUGGUACUGUAUGUUAUUAUAUUUUUUAUUAAAGUGUAAUUAUUGAUCAUGAUAUGAUAAUGUCCCACUUCUCUCCAGAUCCGGCUAGGGAACAGUUCUAGGAGUCCCACCAUUGGUGGUCUAGUCCUGGAGCAUUUGUGUCCCACCAUCCAGAACAUUCUGCAGGAUGGCCUCAGGGACCACAAACUGGACCUGAUCAUCGGUCAUCGACGCAACCACGCCUGGAAUGUGGUGGAUGCCUCUACUCAGGCAGGUGAGAGACACAUGGUGGUGAUGAUGGUAAUGAUGAUGAUGAGGAUGGUGGUUGUGGUAGGUUUGAUGCUGAUGAUGGUACGACUACAGUGCUGCAGUUGCUAAUGGGGGUUGUAGUUUAAUGGUCUCUGUUCCUGUCUAAGGCCCUACCACCCAGGUGCUCCACAGCCUGCUGUCCAAGGUGAGGCAGUGCUCCCUGCUGACCAGCCACUGUAUGAGACUACGAGCCUUCAUCAUGGGCCUGCUCAAGUGAGUCCCUGUCAAGUCUCAGACAGUCUUUUUUAGUAUAUCAAAUUGUGUUCUAAUGGUGAUUUAUGAAAUGUUAUUAUUGUAAAAUUAGGGACUUAUAUUCUCUCUUUUAGCUUGAGGGCCUUGGAAUUCUGGAUAAAUCACCUCUACAACCAAAAAGGUAUGUGUUUAGAUUAAAGGACAGGCUCUUUUUUUAAUUUCUCCAAAUUGUUAUUAGAAAACAUACUGUUCUUAGAACGUACCUCUCUCAUACUCUUUCCAACUCUCCUCUCCCCAGACAAGGUGACAGCUUACUACCAUCCAUGGGGUUUCCUCGCCAUGUCACAUGGGCAGUGUCAGCCUAUGUUCCAGGAGCUCCUCCUCCUGCUGCAGCCUCUUUCCAUGUUACCCUUUGACCUCAACCUGCUGCUGGAGCCCCGCCUGCUGAACAACAGACAGCUCUGCUCCAGGGAACAAGCUCCACCAUGCUCCACCUUUCUCAUGACCAGUUGGCCCCUGUUGAGAGGAGACAGAGGAGACAGACAGGGGGCAUAUGGCUCUAUGGAUGGACCCAGAGAUAACAGCAGGCCACCAGGUGACCCACACCAGCUGGUACAGCAUCUUCAGGGGUCCACCCAGGGGUCAAAGGUCAUGGGUCAGGAGAAGUGGGCGAGGCAUUUAGGCAAGUCUAGCAGGAGCCUGUGGUCAGCCACCAGUCCAGGGUGGUGGCAGAGACGGCCUGCCCACGCAGAGGGGGUGGUGGAGGGGGGGUGGAGGGGUGGAAUAUGGACAGAUUUACAUGGAUGUCAUCCACCCUGAGCCUCAGCAGGAGAUGGAAGGGAGGAUAGAAGAGGAGAGUUCACAGGAGGGCAGGAGGGAGGGAACUGGGCUGGAGACCCCCAGGAUGCAGGCAGACACCCAGGAUGAGAGCCUCUCCCAGGGUGGGCUACGCUGGGCCAAGCUGUUUGGAGCAGCAAGGAAUCCCUCUACCAGGACACAGAGGGCACCUCAAAACCUCAAUGGGACACAGACCCAGAAAAGGUCAGAAUUACUGAACUGAACUAUGGCUAACCUGUUCCUAUGGUGUUAUUACAGUUCCUCCUUAAUAACUGUAUUUCUCUUGUCUUGAAGGAGACCUUCACAGUGGCUGCAGUUGGACAGGUCUCAGCUGGGCCUAUUGGCUCAGACAGUGUGGUCAGGGAAACUCCCAGCUCCACAGCCUGACCAGAAACACCAGACAUAG